AUGGCCCGGCGGCGGCGCCGCGCCUGCAUCGCGCUGUUCUUGGUGCUGCUCUUCGCCUUCGGCACUCUCAUGGGCCUCCGCACGCUCAAGGCUCCGGACGGACUCCCGGCGCUAGGCCCCGGCCUGGAGCUGGCGCCCUUUGAACGACACCCGGAGGGGGCCCCCGCGCCGGCCGCCCGGGCCCCGGCCGCCCCCGCCGCGCCGCCGCCGCCGCCGCCCCGCACCGCGGGCCCGGGCAGCUCCCCAGGGCCGGCCCCAGCGGAGGCCGAACCCGCCCCGGGGCAGAGUCUGCGCGUCUACUCGGACCUGCACGCCUUCUACUACUCGUGGUACGGGAGCCCCGGGCGCGAAGGCCACUACAUUCACUGGGACCACGUCAUGGUGCCGCACUGGGACCCCAAGAUCUCGGCCAGCUACCCCCGCGGCCGCCACACUCCUCCUGAUGACUUGGGCUCCAGCUUCUACCCGGAGCUGGGGCCCUACAGUUCCCGGGACCCCGAAGUGCUACGGGAGCACAUGACCCAGCUGAAGGAAGCCGCCAUCGGCGUCCUGGUCCUGUCCUGGUACCCACCCGGCAUGGCUGAUGACAACGGGGAACCCUCAGAUGACCUGGUGCCUGCCAUUCUGGACACCGCCCAUCAGUACAACAUCCAGGUGGCCUUCCACAUCCAACCCUACAAGGGCCGAGAUGACAUCACUCUGCAUGACAACAUCAAGUACAUUAUUGACACGUAUGGCUCCCAUGGUGCAUUUUACCGCUACAAGAACAGCAUGGGUAAGAGCCUCCCACUCUUUUAUAUCUACGACUCCUACCUGACAUCCCCUGAAGCCUGGGCCCACCUCCUGACACCAAGCGGGCCCCACUCAAUCCGCAACACCCCCUAUGAUGGGGUCUUCAUAGCACUGCUGGUGGAGGAGGGCCACACCCAUGACAUCCUGGCCGCUGGAUUUGAUGGCAUGUACACCUACUUCGCCUCCAACGGUUUCUCUUUCGGCUCCUCCCAUCAGAACUGGAAAGCUGUGAAGAACUUUUGCGAUGCCAACAACCUCAUGUUCAUUCCCAGCGUGGGGCCUGGCUACAUUGACACCAGCAUCAGGCCUUGGAACAACCACAAUACGCGGAACAGGGUCAAUGGCAAGUACUAUGAGACGGCCCUGCAGGCAGCCCUGACCGUGAGGCCCGAGAUUGUCUCUAUCACCUCUUUCAACGAGUGGCACGAGGGCACCCAGAUUGAGAAGGCCAUUCCCAAGAAGACGCCGACUCGGCUGUAUUUGGACUACCUGCCUCAUCAGCCCAGCCUGUACCUGGAGCUGACACGACGCUGGGCGGAGCACUUCAUCAAAGAGAAGGAGCAGUGGCUGAUGUGA